CCUCAGACACUCUUCGCCGGACGUAACUCACAUGUUGUUUCUACUGACGAAUUUGCUACUGAAAAUAAUUUAUUUUACUUGUUUGUAAUUUAAAACGUUAACAAGUUAAAAAGUAAUUUGCACUGCAACAUGUCGGCGUCAAUGAUUAGGAAGGGGCUGGAGUUGCUAAGCGAUGACUUAAAAGACAAAAAGCAGAAGGGUGCAGCCAGGAAGAAGAACACCCCUAAGAAGGCUGAGAUGAUGAACCUGGUCAGCACCAACAGGCAGGGCGUGAGCAGGGGGGUGCGCCGACUGCAGGGCCGUCUCGGCCCUGGGAAGAGUAAAGCCACUGUCAAAGGCAAGAGGGUCAAGUCUGCAGUCGAGGAGUUCAGGAAGACGCAGGGGAAGAGCCACCUGACCUCCAACCUGCAGUACUUUCUGAGGACGGGCUUCAGCGCUGCCGAGUCAGAAACUGCAAAGAUUGUCAGUCAGAAUUCCGGCAGGCAGUCCCGCCAUCGUCCGGACCGCACGGUCCCCAAACCCCCCGAGGAAAAGUCUGUGUUCACGGAGGAGGAGUUCUUACAGUUCCAGAAGGAGUAUUUUGGGAGGACAGUUGAGCAGGGGAACUAGAAAUUCUACUGUUCCGGAAACUUCCAGUGCUGUGCACUUGCUCACUCCAUGUCAUGGAUUACUGUCACUAUUGGCUGAAGAGCUUCCACGUUCCUGCAGUGUUCUGUCCAUGCCAUAGAGUGGGCGCGUGCUCUCUUCUCACUUCAGGAGAAGACUGGCUCAUUUGGAACACAGACGAGGCUUCUGGUAUGGAGACUGAGGACUGGGCGAAGAGACUUGACCCCUGUCGGAUUUCAGUGUCAGUCAAAACAACUUCCUGUUGGACUUGAAUGAGAGAGUGAACUUAGAUUUAGGUUGUAUUUUGUCUGAGUAAAUAAGUAAAUCUCCAACGGGAAAAAA